AUGCCGUCGAUGUACGAUCGAAUCCGUGAGGAUCUCCUAUUCAAAGAGCGUGCUCUAUGGACCGCUCUUACCUCUGCCGAUCCAGCACCUGCGGUACAGAAGUUGUGCAACCCCGAAGGCAACCUGAUGUUUCCACAAAUGCCAGAAAUCUUGACUCUCGAAGACGAAUCCAAGUUCCACGAAGCAUUGAAACCACCGUUUCAUCGAUUUGACGGAUACCAACUCGACAAUGUUCGGGUCGUUAUCAUUGAUCUCAUGGCGGGCGCGGUGACAUACAAGGUCCGCGCGGUGAGAGGGAAGAAAGAAUAUCGGGCGACAUGCUCAACCACAUGGGGCCAAGGAUCAGAUGGAGAGUGGACUCUCUUCUCUCACUCGGAAACACUGCAGUAG